AUGCCCGCGGGCCUCACGGAGCCGGGCGGCGCCGCUACCCCCGCCGGUGUGGGCGCCUCCGGGACCGUGACCAUGGCCCCCGCCGCGGCUCUGCCCGUCCGGGUGGAGAGCACUCCGGUGGCCUUGGGCGCCGUGACUAAGGCUCCUGUCAGUGUCUGCGUAGAGUCCUCGGCGUCCCAGCCGCUGCGGUCCCCCGUGGGGACCCUGGUGACCAAAGUGGCUCCUGUCAGUGCCCUUCCUAAACUCAGCAACGGCCCUCGUCUGCCAUCUCCUCAGAUUGUCGCCGUGAAAGCCCCCAACACCACCACAAUCCAAUUGCCUGCUAAUCUGCAGCUUCCUCCAGGAACCGUUUUGAUCAGAAGUAACAAUGGUCAGCUGAUGUUGGUAUCUCCUCAGCAAGCUGUAGCAAGAACCGAGACCACAAGUAACAUUACUUCAAGGCCAGUGGCACCAGCAAAUACGCAAACCGUCAAAAUCUGUGCUGUGCCGAAUUCCAGUUCACAGUUAAUCAAGAAAGUGGCAGUGGCACCUGUUAAACAAUUGGCACAAGUAGGAACUACAGUGGUAACCUCUGUUCCAAAGCCUUCCCCAGUGCAAUCUGUGGCUGUGCCAACUAACGUGGUCACAGUUACUCCUGUAAAGCCCGUGAAUACUGUAACGACCCUGAAUCCUUCAAGUUUGGGAACAGCAUCUGCCCCCUCAAAUGAGCUCAAUCUCAAAACAGAGAACUCGGCCGCUGCUCAGGCUAACCCUAACCUUUCUCCGACGAUGCUAGAAAAUGUGAAGAAAUGUAAGAACUUCCUCGCAAUGUUAAUAAAACUAGCGUGUAGUGGAUCCCAGUCCCCGGAGAUGGGGCAGAAUGUGAAGAAGUUGGUAGAGCAACUUUUGGAUGCAAAAAUUGAAGCUGAAGAGUUUACUAGACAACUGUAUGUUGAACUAAAGUCUUCACCUCAGCCUCACCUAGUUCCUUUCCUUAAGAAAAGUGUGAUUGCCUUACGACAACUGAUGCCUAAUGCCCAGAGCUUUAUUCAGCAGUGUGUUCAGCAGACUUCUAGCGAGGUGGUCACUACUACCUGUACCACGACAUCAACACCUUCUCCCGUGGUAACAACAGCAGCUUCCUCCAUCCAGCCUGAGAAGCCUGUUGGUGGUUCGGAAGCAGCGGUGCCCGGAACUGUGUCCGUACAAACUCUGAAACCACUUGCUGGUCCAGGGGGAGCAAACACUGGAGUCGUGACACUUCACUCUGUGGGGCCGGCUGCUGUGCCUGGAGGGACCACGGCUGGAACUGUCGUGCUGCAGACUCCAAAACCUUUGGUGACAUCCCUGCAGAACACCAUGACAACAGUCUCUCUGCAGCCUGAAAAGCCGGUUGUCUCCGGCACAGCGGUGACGCUGGCGCUCCCCUCGGUACCUUUUGGAAAAACCUCAGCAGCAGCUGUUUGCCUUCCGUCCGUGAAGCCCGUUCUUACUUCCGCUGGGACCACGUCCGACAAGCCCGUCCUUGGCCCUCCACUCCAAAUCAAACUCGCACAGCCGGGCCCUGUGCUUGCCCAGCCAGCCGGUAUCCCGCAGGCAGUUAAAGUCAAACAACUAGUAGUCCAGCAGCCUUCAGGAGGCCUUGCAAAACAAGUGACCACUCUUACCCAUUCCCCAGCAUUGACCAUCCAGAAACCUGGACAGAAGAUGGCAGUGAGCACCUCAAUACCUACCAGUCAGUUUUCGCAAGCUUCCAUUCUAAAGCAAAUUACUCUUCCAGGAAAUAAAAUUGUGUCACUUCAAUCAUCUGUUCAGAAAAACAAAAUAAAAGAGAAUGGAACAAUAUCCUUCAGAGAUGAAGAUGACAUCAAUGAUGUGACUUCCAUGGCAGGGGUCAAUCUCAGUGAAGAAAACGCCUGCAUCUUAGCAACAAACUCUGAAUUGGUUGGCACACUCAUUCAGUCCUGUAAAGAUGAACCAUUUCUUUUCAUUGGAGCUCUACAAAAGCGAAUUUUAGACAUUGGUAAAAAGCAUGACAUUACAGAACUUAAUUCUGAUGCUGUGAACUUGAUCUCCCAUGCAACACAGGAGCGAUUACGAGGCCUUCUAGAAAAACUGACUACAAUUGCUCAGCAUCGAAUGACAACUUACAAGGCAAGUGAAAAUUACAUCCUGUCUAAUGACACCAGAUCACAGCUCAAAUUUCUUGAAAAGCUAGAUCAACUGGAGAAGCAGAGAAAGGAUUUAGAAGAAAGAGAAAUGUUACUUAAAGCAGCCAAGAGUCGUUCCAAUAAAGAAGAUCCAGAACAGCUGAGAUUAAAGCAGAAAGCCAAAGAGUUACAACAGCUGGAGCUCGCGCAGAUACAGCAGAGAGAUGCUAAUCUCACAGCUCUUGCAGCUAUUGGACCAAGGAAGAAGAGACCACUAGAGUCCGGGUCUGGAAGUGAGGGUUUAAAAGACAACCUGUUUGCUUCUGGGACAUCCAGUCUGACAGCCAGCAAGCAGCUGGUUCGUCCAAGAAUCACGAGAAUCUGCCUCAGGGACCUGAUCUUCUGUAUGGAGCAGGAGAGGGAUAUGAAGUAUUCCCGAGCUUUAUACCUGGCCCUCCUGAAGUGA